GCGUACAUAAUUUUCCCGUCACCUACCUCCCAGGCGUGUGACUGUCCCCGAAUCGGUACAGCUUGGGUCUCCGGCGGCGGACCCGGCGAACGAGGUCGCCGCCGCGCUGACGCACUGCGCUCCGACGUGCUGCGGAGAAGUCUCCCCAUCCCUGCUCCGCCAACUCCACCUCGCCCUCUCCCCUUCCCUUCCUGAUCCGGCGCCUAGCUCCACCAUCCAUUGACGCCGGAGAAUAGAACUCAGAUCUUCAGGGAAUGGAGUCAAUGUCAAGUAUUGCUCCGAGUGCCGGAUCAACUACAGUGAUGGGACUUGAAGAUGAUGCCAACAACUUCUCCAUGGUCCAAACUGGACAUGACGUGUAUGUUGAAGAUCGUUACAACACACCAAAGAGAGCCAGCAGCCUGCCCGUGUGUGGGUCAACUUACGAGCCUGAGUGUGAUGAUAGCCUGCAACCCUCAAUUGGAAUGCGAAUAGCUGGGAGGCAGGUUUGGCAUUCUAUAGAAUGUAUGCUCACGAGGUUGACUUCUCUGUGCGCAUUUGGACAUAACAUAAAGGAGAGGGUGGUGUAAUAGUUUGGAAGAAGUUUGUGUGUGCAAGACAAGGUUGGGGGAAGGAAAAGUCAGUGGAUAUAGGUCAAGUUAUUCAAGAAAUGCAAAGAAAAAAGGCUAAAAGAAAUAUCAAGAUAAGCAGAUGCGGUUGUGAGGCUAUGAUGGGAUUGAAGAGGCAAAUUGACAACAAGUAUAAGGUCGUCCAGUUUGUUGAAUCACAUACACACCAACUUGUCUCACCAAAUAAGAGGCAUCUCAUCAGGUCAAAUAGAGAGGUAACUACUGAUUUGAGAAACAAGCUAUUUACAUGCAGUAAGGCAUUGCUUGGCACAUCAAAAACUUUUCGCUUGCUUAGCAUAGAGAAGGGUGGGCAAGGAAACAUUGGUUGCACAAAACGUGACUUACAAAACUGUCAACGUGAUUUCAAAGCAGCGAUUAAGGGAGCAGAUGGACAACUUAUAGUAGAUAUAAUGGAAAAUAAAAAGAAGGCCAAUCCAGCGUUCUACUUUGAUUACCAGGUAGAUGAGAACAAUAAGUUGACCAAUAUUUUCUGGGCAGAUAGUAUAUGUAGAAAGAACUAUUCAUUGUUCGGUGAUGUUGUGUCAUUCGACUCUACAUAUCGAUUCAACAAGUAUGACUUGGUAUUUGCGCCUUUUACUGGAGUUAACCAUCACAAAUCUUGUGUUACAUUUGGUGCUGCAUUUUUGUCAAAUGAGAAGAUUGCAUCAUUCAAAUGGUUAUUUCAGACUUUCUUGAAAGCAAUGUGUGGGGCUGCACCAAAGCUAAUCAUAACCGAUGAGGACCAAAGCAUGAGAAGAGGAAUAGAAGCUAUAUUUCCGAACACAAAGCAUCGACUUUGUAUGUGGCAUAUUCUGAUGAAACUCCCUGAAAAAGUUGGACCCAUCUUGAGAAAUAAUGAAGAUUUUAAACCAAAAUUCAUGGCGUGUGUGUGUGGAUCAGAGACUCCAGAUGAGUUCGAAUCACGGUGGUCUUCAAUAAUUUCUGAGUUUGGCUUAGAGGAUAAUGAAUGGUUGAAAGAAAAGUAUGAUUUACGCCAAUCAUGGAUUCCAGCAUACUUUAUGGAGUUCUCCCUUGGCGGAAUAUUGCGCACAACAUCAAGAUCUGAGAGUGAGAAUGCAUUUUUCCGUCACUUCACUAACCGGAAACUUGCCUUGAUUGAGUUUUGGGUAAGAUUUGAAACCGCUUUAGAAGAGCAACGACAAAAGGAGUUGCAGGAGGAUAAUUCUACCCUUCAUACCUUGCCAAUACUUCAUACUUGUUGGGGAAUUGAGGCUCAUGCCAGAGAAGUGUAUACCCACAACAUUUUUGUUGCUUUCCAACUUGAGGUGGUGGCUGCUAGGGACCGUCGCCAUGUAAAAACUAUUGAGCAGGUUGGUGAUAUCCGAACCACGAGCAUUGCCGAUCUUAGUGGCAGGAUAAGAGUGGUCUGUUACGACACUAAUACGAAAGUUGCACAAUGUACUUGUCGAAUGUUCGAGUCACUAGGCAUCCUUUGCUCUCACAUCAUUGUUGUCUUAAAAAUGAUGGGUGUAAUGAAAUACCAAGACAAUAUGUGCUGCAUAGAUGGACUAAAAUGGCUGCACGACAUCUUUCCUAUGAUGCAAAUGGAAAUGAGCUGGAAGGGUCAUCUACAUCCCUUUCACCUACCAUGAAGAAAUUGUACUCAGAAACAUGCUCUCAGUUCAGCUCGGCAUUGCAUGAAGCUAAACAUUGUGAGGGCAAAAUGAAAUACUUCCAUAAAGUUAUUACUGAUGCCCUUGCACACUUGAGGCAUACGGGGCCAUUUGACGAGCAAAGUAAAGUUCAAGAGUUUGAAUCCUUUAUUGGAACGACAUUCCCAAGCAUCAUCAAAAUUCAUCCUCCUGAUGUUGCAAACACGAAAGGUAGUGGUAAGAGAUUGAAGAGGGGUUCAGAGGAGGCCAUUAACAAAAGGAAAAAGAGCAAGUAGCAUCUGACAAGGUUCAUCAUCAGUACAUUGUUCUAGUUACCAAGUCGGACAUGACAGCUCAAAUGCAUAUCCUAACCCUUGGUAGCAGACAUCCUUUUCUUUGCACAAAAUAAUGGAUGAAAACGGCCAUAUGGAUCUGCUACACACUUCCGCUAUGGCUAGUUGAAUCUGCUGGUGCAAUAUAUGUACAGCUAGUUGAGUCCGCUGGUGCAAUAUAUGUACACCUCCUAAUCUGCUGUACCAUGGAUUGUAAUAAUAAAUUUCGGUUGCAACUCUGGUUGUGUGCUUUAUGGUAGACUUAUGUGUAUUGUCAUGCGUACUAUUGGCAAAUCAUAUUACCGUCAUACUAUGAGCUAUCUCGAGAUGGUUGUUGACGUGUUACCUUCUAAUUUGACAAAGGUGUUUAAUACACCUGAUAUUGCCGCCUUUG